AUGUCGUUGCCACAAGCUUCUCAGUCUCGGGUGUUCGUGGAGCUGGUCCCCUGGGUGGACCGGAGCCGGGAGAACAACGUGGUGUCGGGCGGAGAGACGCUGCCCGCCCUCCGCCGCCCGCUCUCCUCCUCGGCGGCGCAGGCCCAGACCGCGGGCCGCGAGGUGCACGUGAGCGGCGCCGCGGAGGUGUCUGCGGGCCCGGACCGGGCGCAGGUGGCGGUGCGAGUGAGCAGCACCAAGGAGGCGGCCGCCGAGGCCAAGAAGAGCGUGUGCCGCCGCCUGGACUACAUCGCGCAGAGCCUCCAGCAGCAGGGCCUGCCGGCAGAAAAUGUAACUGUGACAAAGGAUUUUAGAAGAGUGGAAAAUGCUUAUCACAUGGAAGCAGAGGUCUGCAUUACAUUUACUGAAUUUGGAAAAAUGCAAAAUAUUUGUAACUUUCUUGUUGAAAAACUAGAUAGUUCUGUUGUUAUCAGCCAACCCCAGUUCUAUCAUACUCCAGGUUCUGUUGAAAAUCUUCGACGGCAAGCCUGUCUUGUUGCUGUUGAGAAUGCAUGGCGCAAAGCUCAAGAAGUCUGUAACCUUGUUGGCCAAACUCUAGGAAAACCAUUAUUAAUCAAAGAAGAAGAAACAAAAGAAUGGGAAGGCCAAAUAGAUGAUCACCAGUCAUCCACACUCUCAAGUUCAUUAACUGUACAACAAAAAAUCAAAAGUGCAACAAUACAUGCUGCUUCAAAAGUAUUUUUAACUUUUGAAGUAAAGGGAAAAGAGAAGAAAAAAAAACAUCUCUGA